UUCUCGUCGUUCACCGUUUCCAGUGACUUUUCGCUAAGUUUUACCGCGAAGAAUAGGUUACCGGAGUGUUUUCCUACUAAUCUUUCCGAGUAUUCGGGAUUUUUCGAUUGGAAAAGGAAGCCUCGAAAUAUGAAGGUGGAGAAAAAUGGCAAUUGAUGAGAUGGAGCAAAGGGAUUUGCCACAGGCAAUCCGCUUGCUCGGGGAAAUGAAUGCCAAUGUUGUUCAGGUGAAUCAACUCGUUGACAACAUGUUGGUGCGAGUAAAGAAUGGAGAGAUCUCAACGGAUAAGGGAUUAAGUUUUUUGGAGAUGAAGUAUCAUAUGUUGCUGUCUUAUCUGAUUAAUUUGACUUAUAUUGUACUGAGAAAAUGUUCCGGAGAGCGCAUUGAAGGAGAUCCAUCGAUAGAUCGCCUAGUAGAAAUCAGAACAGUUUUGGAGAAGAUUCGCCCAAUAGACCAUAAGCUGAAAUAUCAAAUAGAUAAACUGGUUAAAACGGCAGUAACCGGCACAACUGGUGGCAACGAUCCAAUUAAUUUCAAAGCUAAUCCCGGGGCAUUAAUGGCAAAAAUUGAGAGCUCAGAUGAAGAAUCUGAUGACGAAGGGAGUGAGAAAGGAGACACUGCUGACGCGUCUCGGUCAAGAAAGUCUGGUGUCUACAUUCCGCCCAAACUUGCUGCUGUUCACUAUGAUGGCGAUGAAACGUUGGCAGAGAAAAUGCGUAAAGCAGGAGAGAGAGCACGUAGACGAGCCAUAUCUGGUGCAGUACUUCGUGAACUGCGGGAAGAAUAUCUAGAUGCUCCCGUUGAAGAUUCACAAAGUCUUGGAGAGAAGCAGGCGAGUUUGGGACAUGAGAAUAAGAGAAAGGUUGAGUAUGAAGAGAAUUACAUGACUCGUUUGCCAGUAACCAAGGAGGAGAAGCACCGACGUCGACAGAUGACCACGCUCGGUACUCUCGGAGAUGAAAUCACCAGUUUUGGUGGCCCAUCUUCGGUUUCUGCUAAAAAAAGAAAAGCUCCUAAAGGAAAAGGAAGAAAGAGCUUCAAGAAAAAGCGGCGUCACUAACCUGGCAGGUGUUGUGGUUUCUUCGAUGCGAAAGAAAGUGUCGUACUAUGAUAACGGGGCAGGUAACAUGUAAUGCAGUCUCUCGGACUAAAUUCUCAUUCGGAGCUGUUAUCGGCAAGUACUCUCGUUACUAAGUUCUGCUAUUUAAUUAUUGAUACGUCUUAGCGUAAACGAGCGCCCAUCGAAGGGAGGAGGGAACCUACCACGAUGCUAAUUUAUUACUAUGUAAGAGGUCGUGUAAUGGUCGUGUAAUUGAUAACUAUAGUCGCUACUGGUUUUAAUCUUUAAACGCUGUCCAGUUUAACGAUUUCGGAUCACGGUGCCGUCGUAAAAAAGUAAGUCGAGCUUUGCGUAUGCACUAUUUAUGCAUGAUUCCUCAUGUACCAAGGAAGUUCUUCGGCCUCGUGAUCCGAAAGUGCCAAGAAGCACAGGCGUCAAAGCGGAAAGCAGAAGUGACUGCUUUAUUUUGAGAUAUUCUCUGGCUAGGAAGGGAGCAGCAACUGAAGCGAUAAUAUCGAAUUAAUUGUUACAGGAGCGUACAAAUCUUGAGACAUUCAAAGCCGGAUCAGUGAACUCGUAUGUUAAUAUUUAACUAAAAGUAAUAGAACAAUGCAAGGCGAGGCUUCUUACAUAACAUAAAAACAUCUUGUUGCGCGCAUUUUAAAAUUAUAUUUUUUUUCUUUUAUUGGCAUGCUAUGCAAGUGAAAGAAAGAAUGCAGAAGAUGUUGCUGUUGUUUCAAAUUUCCAGGUUAUGUGACACAGAACCUUAUUAAAAUUCUGUACAUUAAUUGUACAAGAUUUCCCAAUGCUUUAUUUAUAAAAAGGCUUUAAGUAAAAACAUGCAUUGGAUGUUGAAAAGUAAUGUAAGAAGCUUGCUUUUGCGCAAAUAAUAACUUUCGAAACCCUCGAGUUUCCAGAAGUUCUUAAAAACUUCUAAGGCUGACGGUUCAUUGCCUUACGUGGCGUGUGUCUUUGGAUUUCUUCGCUGUUCUAGAGUAGGCUAUGUAGUUACUAGCUAUUCGAUGAUCAUUGUGUACGUUUUGUUCGUGUUUUCUCCCAGGUGAAAAUGUUGAGGCUAUUGCAUUUUGAGGUAGUUCAUUUUGUUUUUAAUUCCAUAUGUCUUACGUUAAGUUUUUCCACUUUACACGUGUUCUCGUGUGGUUUAGUUCGUUGUGUUAUACCAGUUGAUAGGUUCGACUGGUUCGUUAAGCUUUCUAUUGAUGGUAAUCUAAGAAUACUGUGGACGUGACAAAAUUCAAAAUUCAAUAUUUACAAUUAAUCUAGUACAGUCCUGAUUUUACUGGAAUGUUUAUUAGUUUCCUAGGAAGAUGGAGUGCGUAGGGUCAAGUAGUAAGUCGACUGUUAUUGGAGUCCAUCGACAGGAUCGGACUUCUGGGGAAGCAACGUGGUACUGUCUCUCAUCGGUCAAGUUCUUCUUCACUGAUGUAACCGCCUUUCUUGCGUUCUUUCCGGUCUUUUACUCCGAUGAGUCCGUUCAUCGUCGUUCAAGAGACUGAUCACAAAUUAUGCCCAGAGUUCAGACGAUGCAGUGGAUGAUUUUUUCAACAAAAUUUCGUCGUUCAAGAGACAGAUCACAAAUUAUGCCCAGAGUUCAGACGAUGCAGUGGAUGAUUUUUUCAACAAAAUUUUCACUCCGAGUGCCUGUCAAGUGCAGAAUCAAUCCACGAAGUGACUUCCGUCGACGUCGACUCGCUGCUUGUCGAGCUGUGACGACUCAACCAUCCAUAGAUGUUAUAUUUUUUACAGAAGUGUUCACCUGAUUGAGUCGGUCCCUGUGAGAUGUGACCCUACGUGACCCCUCUUUCCUCUUCAAUCUAUGAAAGAAGUGUUUAAAAUGUGAUAAAUCGAUCGUGAAGUAAUAGUUAAAUGGAAAAAGAGGAUGAAAGGGCGAGAGAGAAAGAGAGAAAAAGAGAGAGAGAGAGAGAAAGAGAAAAUGACACUUAAUGAAGAAGAAAAAAUAAAGAAGAAGAUGGAAUGAUUGCUGGGCAUUAUUUACAAGUGCUAGCAAAAGCCUAACGUCAGAGCAUCCUCGUCGAAUUUCGAAGUGGGAACGGAGAGUCCAAUUUUGGAAAAACCUUGGGCCUGUGUCGUUGCAGUGUUAGUGUAUUUUAUUAUUAAAGAACAAGACUUCGGGAGGCACUCGCCGGUCUAUUAUCAUAUAGUGUUAGAUAGGUUCACUAUGAAGAUACCAGAUGUGUAUUUAUUGAAUACAUUUGUAUACACUUGUGUUCAGUAUAGUUAUAUUGAAUGCAUUGUAUUCAAUGAAUGCAAAUGUUGAAGUGCAAUAACUAGCUGAUUAAAUAGGAAAGAUAAAUCAAAUAAUAUUUACGAAGUUUUUAAACAAUAAGGAUACAUACUUUAUGAGCACUUUAAAUGGUAAAAUGCAUCGCUGCGCGUCGAUGACAGUGCAGGAUGCAUUUCUUAAUGCAAUAACAAGUGGAAACAAAAUAGAUGGUACCUUUUAAUUACUCGCACAAGUGGCUUAAUUAUUCGCAGUGUUUUUACGAAGGACUAGAUUUUGUAAAUUUGCGCAAUAAUUUGCCAUGUAAAUCAAUUAAUUAAAUGGUAAACGCUAUCAGCUACUUAUUACACCUAGAAAUUUGUAUUCUUGUGAAAGUAUUCAUUGAAUGCAGAUACGCCCGUCCGUGAGACUUAUUGUUAAACAAGUUCAGUACAAAGCUACAGACUAAUGGAAAGAAAAUAAAUCGGCCCAGGCUUUUUCCCGGCGAUUGGACCCUCGUUCAGCUCACAUAGACUGUUGUUAAUUUGUAACGUUACUCAUAGUAAUCAGAAUUGAUUUCCGAUAGGACAGGGUUCUACGAUCUGCGCCGCCAUGGAGAUUAUGUUUUACGAGAUAAACAAUUCCUCUUCAGAGUUAGGAUCUUCAGUGUUAUGGACAUGAAACAAUUAUCAGACUGCGGGAUAAUCUUGGGCCGAAAUUAUCGGUGCAGUAAAACGAUAAAUGCGAUUAUCGUUAUUCUUACAACACUUGGAUUUCUUUUCGUUGCGACCCUGUUGUUAGAUCUGUCUAGUAAAAGAUCUGUCUCUUGUAAAAAUAGAGGGAAAAAACUUAAGGUGAAGUGAAACACGUCAAGGAACUUAAUCGACGUCAGUAAAGAUUUUUCUAAGUACCUAUGUUGU